UAAUGGCUAUCUUAUCAUUUGAAAUAGUUUUGACUUUAACAGCCUUCUUAUUGUAUUAUCUGUACUACAAAAAGUUCAAAUUCUUCACAAUUGUUGAAAAAUUGGACGAGAAGAAUGUUAGGAACAAAUUACCAAGAGGAAAAUGUCCACCAUCUUAUCCUAAUGGUUGGUAUCGUCUUUGCAGAUCAGGAGAAUUGUAACCAGGGUAAAAUGUAUUUUAUAUAUUAAACAGAGAAGUAAAAGAAAUUAAAUUGUGUGGAAGACAUAUUGCAUAUUACAGAGGAACUGAUAAAUAAGUAUAUGCUGUAGCUGCCUAUUGUCCUCACAUGGGUGCCAAUUUAGGUAUUGGUGGUUAAGUGAAGUUUCGAUCAUGCAUUGAGUAAUGAUAUUAAGAUAAUCUUAAAAAGAUGUCCAUUCCAUGGAUGGACUUUUGAUGGGAAAAGUGGUUUGUGUGUCAAUUCAGAACAACUAGAACCAAAGAUAGUCACAACUUAUUGUUAUCCUGAUAUAGAAAGAGUGACUAAGAAUUAAAAGGGAGAAUAUAUAUAAAAGAUUGCAGAGGGUGAAGUUAAAAUAAAAACAUACUUAGUUAAGGAAAUAAAAGGAAUAGUGUAUAUCUGGUUACAUUCAAAGGAAGCAAAGCCGUAAAACUUUUAAUGCUAUGUUUUAGAUGGUAUGAUAUUGUAAGUGAGAAGAGUGAACAUUUAACUUUAAGAGCAGAGAGUGUCAAUUAUGUUAAUUGUCACAUUCAAGAAAUACCAGAAAAUGGAGCUGACUUGAGACAUUUUGAUUAUAUUCAUAAAUCUGCUAUGGAUAUUAUACCUUCUUGGUUGGUGAGUUUGAAAUGGGAAAUGAGAACAAAGAAUGCUAAUGAUUCAGAUUUCUUAAAAGAUAUGACACAUCCUGUUAAUAAAUGCAGAUAAUAUCAAAAAUACCUUUUUGAUUAAUAUUUUACAAACAAAGAAUUGAUUCCAUAUAUGAAUGUACUCAUUUUAGAUGGAUAUGUAAUUCUAUUCAAUAAAUUUAAAUUUCAUGCUAUAUGGGCUACUGGAUUCUAAAUGGGUCCUGCAACUGUUGCCUUAUAUGUAAAGAGUGCAAUAUUUGAAGUAUUAUUUAAAUAAUCAAUUUAACCUGUUGAAAAAUUCACUUAAAAAGUGUAUCAUACAGUGUUUACUAAUGGUUAUUUGCCAUAUUGGUUUUCUGCUUAUUUGCUUCAUGCAGAAUUGAGAUAAGUUCUAUUUGAUGUCAAAUUAUGGAAUGCCAAAAUAUUCUCAGAAACACUAAAAUACAAUUUAAAAACCUAUUCUGAUCAAGCAUUAUUAUAUUGGAGAUAAUGGUAUUCAUAAUUCUAUGAUGGUGCUGCUGAAUUUGAGAAAGGUUUAGAUAAAUUAGAAUGGUGAAA